AAGUAACCCUCAAAAGAACCUCAUCGAAUUUAAAGUCGAAUUGAAAACUUCUCUAUCUCUAACUAAUAAUAUAAACCCAGAAAAUAAGCUAACCCAAAAACACCACCGUAAUUCAGUAAAAGUCUCGGCCGUCGUUGUAGUGUGUGUGAAAAAUAAAUGGGCGGCGGCGGCGCGAAGAGCAAAGGAAGGCAGUUGUGUAGCAUCUGCAACCAACGAAGACCUGCUCUUAAGCGCCCUAAAACCCUUCAACAGAUAUGCAGGGAGUGUUUUUAUGAGGUGUUUGAGGAAGAGAUACAUAGGGCAAUUGUGGACAAUAAUCUUUUUAAGCCCGGGGAGCGCAUUGCCAUCGGUGCUUCUGGCGGAAAAGAUUCCACAGUUCUUGCAUAUGUAAUGUCAGUAUUAAACCACCGCUACAACUAUGGCCUGGAUCUUUUCCUCCUUUCGGUUGAUGAAGGGAUCACAGGCUAUAGAGAUGACUCACUCGAAACUGUUAAAAGAAAUGAGGUUCAGUACGGUCUGCCACUCAAAGUCGUUUCAUACAAGGAUCUGUAUGGAUGGACGAUGGAUGAGAUUGUGAAAAUGAUUGGUCUCAAGAACAAUUGCACAUUUUGCGGUGUGUUUCGUCGUCAGGCUCUUGAUCGUGGUGCUGCCUUAUUAAAAGUGGACAAACUAGCUACUGGGCAUAAUGCUGAUGAUAUUGCCGAGACAGUUCUCCUGAAUAUUUUGCGAGGUGACAUUGCUAGAUUAAGCAGAUGUACAUCUAUUAUUACCGGUGAAGAUGGACCUAUUCCUAGAUGCAAGCCAUUUAAAUACACAUAUGAGAAGGAAAUUGUUAUGUAUGCUUACUUUAAGAAGCUGGACUACUUUUCAACUGAAUGCAUAUAUUCACCAAAUGCGUAUCGUGGGUUUGCUCGGGAGUUCAUUAAAGAUCUAGAGAGAUUAAGACCCCGGGCCAUACUUGACAUCAUCAAAUCAGGUGAGGAUUUCAGAAUCGCGGCCACUACAAAAAUGCCGGAGCAGGGAACUUGUCAACGCUGCGGCUACAUUUCAAGCCAGAAAUGGUGUAAAGCAUGUGUUUUGCUGGAGGGGCUAAAUCGUGGUUUGCCAAAGUUGGGGAUUGGGAGAACACGAGGGGUAAACCAUGAGCGACAAAAAGACUAUCAAGAGACUACUAGUACAGCGAAUAUACAAAGCAAACCAUGUGGAAGUCUUGACUUCUAAAAAAGAAUAAGGAACAAUAUGUUGCAAACUUUGCUUUACAAGAAUGCUUAUUUCAUUAAACCGUUUUAUAGGUGUAGCAUAAUGUUAAAAACAUUAGUUAUGAUUGUUUUGAAAUCCUAUACAUGGUUUUGUUGUUUUGCUCA